AUGCAAGGAAGCUCCAGAUAUCUCCAUGUGGCUUCUCGAGCUGGUUCCCAGCGGUCUUUACACGUCACGCGACAGUGCUCCAGCGCUUUCGCGCAUGCACAAAAACGGCCUACCGAGACGGCUAUAGCUAAUAAUGUUAAGGAUCACUCUCGGCCCUCUGGUCCUUCAAGAAUCGUGCCAACGCCUUCCGCUCGUAUUGUGGAUCCGUUCAAGUACCUUGGUCAUGAGCUAACGACUCUACGGAAGACACUGCUCCAUUUGCUUGGGUCUUCUCACCCCUCCUUAACUAAAAUUGCAGAGUACUAUUUUCUGCAACCCUCAAAGCAGAUUAGACCUUUGCUGGUUCUCCUCUUUUCACACGCGACGAAUGGCCUCGGUAGUGACUGGGAUAAAAAGCGAUGGGCUGCAGAGCAAGAAGGCGCUCGUGGACGCGCUGAGGAACUUGACAGUCCAUUAUCACGUUCAGACGUAUUAAAUGAUUGGAAUCCAAACAUGCCGGACCACACUCGUAGUUUUGAAAGUGUUUUCGAGCUUCCACCUCCCCGCUCAAGAUCGUCCCCACCAGUUUACGUUCCGACAGACGAAUCACAUAUGACACCUGCGCUCGCGACACCAUUACAACUUCUUCCGACACAACGACGUCUUGCUCAAAUCGUCGAAAUGAUUCAUGUUGCGUCACUGCUACAUGACGAUGUGAUAGAUGGAGCGGCACUUCGACGCGGAGCUGCAUCUGCACCAGCUGCAUUUGGCAACAAACUUGCCGUCCUUGCGGGUGACUUUCUAUUAGGUCGGGCUAGUGCAGCACUCAGUCGAUUAGGUUCGUCUGAAUGCGUUGAGCUUAUUGCCGGUGUCAUUGCAAACCUAGUCGAGGGCGAAAUCCUGCAAAUGCAAGCUGCACUGAAUGGAGGCGAGGAGGGUGUACUCAGUCGAUCGGGAUUGAGUGAACUCGGACUAGGUGGUGAUGUUAAAGGCAAAGGGAAGGGGACGGAGAUGCCACUAGAGGUACCUAUGGGCCGAGAGAUGUGGAACGUCUAUUUGAAGAAGUCGUAUCUUAAAACGGCAAGUCUUAUCGCGAAGAGUGCUCGUGCAGCGGUGGUACUAGGCGGUGCGCGAGAAGGCGAGAUCUGGAAAGAAGUUGCAUAUGCGUACGGCCGGAAUAUCGGGAUCGCCUUUCAGCUCGUUGAUGACGUCCUUGACUACGAAGCUGCGGAUAGUCAAUUAGGGAAGCCUGGCGGUGCCGACUUGCAGUUGGGUCUAGUAACUGGGCCUGCAUUGUUUGCCUGGGAGGAGCAUCCGGCGAUGGGUCCAUUAAUAAAUCGCAAAUUCGAGCAAGCAGGCGAUGUAGAGCAUGCCAGAGACCUUGUGCGCCGUUCGUCAGGUGUCGAACGAACACGCGCGCUUGCGCAAUUACACGCAGACAAGGCACGCGAAGUGCUUCAUCUUCUUCCCGAAAGCGACGCUCGAAACGCACUGGAUGCACUUGCCGAACGCGUUGUCAACCGGACUUCUUGA